UUGUAACAUUUACACACACUUUUUUCACUUUGCACGCCAAAUUCAGUUAAAAAAAAGCGUAAGUUCGUAUUUGAUUCUUGUUCACAUUCGUGGUUCACUUAAUCGAACAAAAAGCAAAAUGGAGAUUCGCUGGUACUUGUUGGCCGUGAUUGCCAUGCAAUUCAUUGUUCUGCUGUUUGGGCUCCUCGGCCAUGGAAACGAAAUCAAGAAAAGCGGAAACACGCACGCGGGCCUGUGGAAAGUCUGUGUUGGUGACUCGUGUUCCGAAGUGAAAAAGUCUUCCUUCCCUGAUUCAAAAGACUGGCAGGAUACACAGGCGGCCAGGGCUUUCUUGAUACUGUCUCACUUUGCGGGCGUGGCAGUCAUGGCGCAGCUGAUACUGGCCACUCUGUCUAUGAUCAAGGCCACCCUCAGAGUGGCAAUACAUUCCGUCACCUGCGUUAUUCAGGCGUUCUGCCUGGGCAUAGCGGUGUUUCUGAUGACGGGACUGCCCCUGGGAACUGACAUGGGGUGGAGUCAGAUUCUGGCCUGGGUCGCUUUCAUCUUCGCCUGUCUCAUUCUUCCUGCCGGAUGCACACAGAUAGACGAGGACGGAAAAGAGGUCACCGAUGUCAACGAGGAUAAAUAACUGCACCCGAACCGACAAUGAUAACUAACUAUAGAGCUGUUUCCUAUACUAACUUUUUUUUGUAUAAUCAACUACUAUUAACCAUCGUAAUUGUAUGCAUUUAAUCGAUCUAUUGUGCAUUUUAUAUAUUGAAGUGAAUCGUUCAGCGGGGACAAAUUGGUUCGAAAGAAAUUUUUUUUUAAAAUGUAUGCA